GCCAGCCUCGCGCGCGCCGACCCGACGCCCUGCCCGACGUCACCGCUGCGACCGACUGCAAGCAGUGCCUCCCGGCGGAGGACGCGGCGGCAAAAAACGCGAGCGUUUCGCGGUGUGGUGCGGUGCGUGGUGGAGAGCGGAACUGUAUCGCUGCCAGGGCCGUGGUGGUGGUGGUGAGUCCCGGGAGGCCCAGCUGAUAGGCGUAGGCCCGGGAGCGGGGAGGAGAAGGGAGGGGCGGUGAGCGGCGGCCCGACCCGGCCACCACCGACACCAGUCGGACAUCGACGUGAAUUUGAAAUGCCCCGGGCCGCCGCGCCGCCCCGUCUUCCAGUUGCGGCCGCCGCCGCGCCGAGCGAACAGAGCGAGGCACCGUCGUCGUCGGGGCGCCGCCGCCGUCCCGGGUCCGAGCCGCCGGCUGAGCUGCUGGUCUGCGGCCGCCACUACUAGUCGUCUGCAGUGUGUUUGUGAGUCUGGCGUGCGCGCGAUAUACACCGUCCCGCCGGCAGCAGCUCGCGGCGUGCAGCGAAACGCACCCAGGAUGCGGCGCCGGCGCAGCACUGAGGAGGAGUCCCUCAUAGCGUCCGCCAACGACCCGGAGGACGACAUCCAGCCGGAAUGGGUGUACCGCAUGCGGGACAGGGGCAGCCCUGGGACAUCGCCCUCGCCGGGCGGCGCCCCCACCGCGGGCGGCGGCCUGUACGGCGCCACGGCCCCGCACAACAAGGACUCGCGCGGCCUGCUGGGCGUCAAGCAGGGCGCGCCCCCCACCGUGUCCCUGCGCGUCGACAGGGCGGUGCUGGAGCAGCGGGACCUGCAGGGGAGGUUCUCCUACCACGGCAGGGCCGUCAGCAGGAGCGCCGAGAAGGAACCCGUGGACAGAUGCUGCUCGUCCUGCUGGCCGUCGUGCGGCGACGUACGCGACGCCCUCCCUCGCCUCAGCGGAGCCUGCUCCGCCAAGAGGGCGGCUGAGACCGUCAGAGGGGUGCUCCCCAUCGUGGAGUGGCUGGGCCGCUACAAGUGGAGAGAGGACCUCGUCGGGGACCUGGUGUCUGGGUUCACCGUGGCCGUGAUGCACAUCCCCCAAGGCCUGGCCUACGCCCUCCUGGGCAACGUCCCGCCCGUCGUGGGUCUGUACAUGGCCUUCUUCCCCGUCCUCGUGUACUGCCUCUUCGGGACGUCGAGACACGUGUCCAUGGGCACCUUCGCCGUGAUCUGCCUGAUGACGGGACACGUGGUGACGGCGCACACCACUCCCGGACUCUCUCCCGGACCGCUCGGCAACGCCACGGCCGCCCCGGACACGCCGCUGCCCUCGCCCAUCGAGGUGGCGUCGGCGGUGGCGCUGAUGGUGGGCGCCGCGCAGAUGCUCAUGUGGGCGCUGCGGCUCGGCGUGCUCAGCGCGCUGCUCUCCGAGGCGCUCGUGUCGGGCUUCACCACGGCCGCGGCCAUCCACGUGCUGACGAGCCAGAUCAAGGACCUGCUCGGCCUGGCGCUGCCCGCCGCGCCCACCGGCCCCUUCAAGAUCAUCAUGCAGUGGGUGGACAUCUGCACGCACAUCGGCACGGCCAACGUGGCCGCCGUGAUCGUGUCGCUCGUCACGAUGCUGCUGCUGACGGCCAACAACGAGGCGCUCAAGCCGUGGCUGUCGCGGCGCUGCCCGCUGCCCGUUCCCGUCGAGCUGCUCGUCGUCAUCGCGGGGACGCUGCUGUCCAUGGGGCCCGGCGCGCCGCUCGCCUCGUACGCCCUCACCCCGCUGGGCCACAUCCCCACGGGGCUGCCCGCGCCCGCCGUGCCGCGCCCCGCGCUGCUGUGGGCCGUGGCCAUCGAGUCCAUCCCCAUCGCCGUGGUCGCCUACACCAUCGCCAUGUCCUUGGCGCUCAUCUUCGCCACCAAGAACGGCUACGAAGUGCGGCCCAACCAGGAGUUGCUGGCGCAGGGCGCGUCCAACCUGGUGGGCAGCCUGUUCUCGUGCAUGCCCGUCACGGCCUCCCUGUCGCGCUCCGCCGUGCAGGAGGCGGCGGGCUGCCGCACGCAGCUCACCUCGCUCGUGUCGUGCUCGCUGCUCACCGUCGUGCUGCUGUGGGCCGGGCCCUUCUUCGAGCCGCUGCCGCGCUGCGUCCUGGCCGCCAUCAUCGUGGUGGCGCUGCGCAGCAUGCUGCUGCAGGUGCGCUCGGCGCCCGGGUACGUGCGCAGCUCGCGGUGGGACGGCGCCGUCUGGGUCGUCACGUUCCUCGCCGUCGUCCUGGUUGACAUCGACGUGGGCCUGGGCGUGGGCGCGGCCCUGUCGCUCGUGUCGCUAGUGUGCCAGGGCGUGCGGCCCGUGUGCCACCUGCUCGCCCCGCUGCCCGGCACGGACCUGUACGUGGACCCUGCCCUGUACGGCGCGGCGCAGCGCGUGCCGGGGCUCGUCAUAUUCCGCUACGCCGGCGUCAUCAACUUCGCCACGAGGUCCGCCUUCAGGGACAACCUGUACCGCCUGGUCGGGCUCGUCCCGGAGAAGGAGCUGGCGCGCCAGGGCAAGGUCCAGCAGGGCCAGCUCCGGGACGCGCCCGCCAGCAGCACGGCCAACUUCGUGGAGGAGAUGAAGCGGCAGGAGCCCGCCGAGCUGCACGCCGUGGUCCUGGACAUGAGCGGGGUGGUGCGUGUGGACGCGGAGGGCGUGCGCUCCCUGCUGAGCGUCGCGGCCGAGUACGGUCGCAUCAACGUGUCCGUCUGCCUCGCCGCCCCCUCGGACGUCGUCCUGCGCAGCAUUGUGCGCUCGGGUCCCGCGCCCGACCGGGAUCGCCUCCGCGUCUUCCCGUCGGUGCACGACGCCGUGACCGCCAUGACGGCAUCCGUGGCCGCCGAUCAGACGCAAGCUAGGGUGUAAACUAAAUAAUUUCCUUUGACCCGACCCGGAAUGGAGCGGAAGUGAAAAGCGGCUCUCUAAAACCAAACCGCAUAAUUUCCCAUUGGAACUCCCUUCAGUAAGAAUAGAUGAAUGAAUAUCAGCGUUUUGGGGAACUAUACUGGAAGACAACACCCCAAGGUGUCUGUGAGUUCUACCACCUCAACAGACACAUUUUAUUUUUUCCAAAACUAAACAUGAGAAAUGAUACUGUUUUAAUUUAAGGUUGAUGUAUUUAUAAAAUUAGUGAUGAUAAAAAUGAUUGUGAUUGUUUGUCUUUCCACUAGAAUAUUUUAGCUUUGUGCUGACACAUCUUUCCAGUUGAGUGUAUUGGUAUCAACUAAGUUUAUACUGCUUAAAUUAAAUCCAUAGAUAGAAAAAAAAAUCUAAGCAACAAUAUUUUUGGCUAGUAUCAUAAUUUGCAUAUUUCUAAAACACAUGUUGAGUCAAAUUUUAGUUCCUAUAAUACUCUCAUGUACUAAAAAAUAGUAGUAUAUAAAUCUGAAACUCUUUAAGAUAAGAAUUUCUAUUAAACAGAAACCCAAGACUGAUAUUGCAGUUUUUGCAAACUUUGCUCUUUUCUUGUGGCUUUUUUCUCUGCAGCUUUAUUCCCAUGCUGGUUGUUUUUUAACAUAUUCAUUCUCAGCAAAACCCGCUGUAAAACCCCAUCUAGUCCAUUUCAAUGGAGUUGGUAUCUGUUUAUUAUUACAACCCACUUUACAACCUUACAGAAAUGUCAGUGCUGCAACCAGGAUAAGACAAUAUUAACUUCAUUUCCUAGAAUUUUAAGCAUCUAGCUGUAUGUUUGACCCAGAAAUGUGAUACUCUAUUCAUACUUUGUCUUGACGUUUUAAGAGACUAAGUAAUAUUUAAGAAUAGCUCAAUUUUGAAACAUAAUUUGAAAUUACAAAUUGUACAUAAAUGUUACGGCUAUAAUCCGUUAGUUGGCUAAUGUUGACACGGGAAUCAUGUGCUUAUUUCUUUAAGCAUUCUUGUGAUUUGUAUUGCUUUAUAUUCUUUGGAUUAAAUGUGUAAUAGUUUUUCAA